AUGAUGCAAGAAUAUGACGAUGAUUUCUUUUUCGAAGAGGACAAAAUGGGUAUGACAGUGACUUCAGGAAGCGUUGUUUUAACUAAGGACGAGAAAAACCUCAUUGGUAUAAGCAUCGGUGGAGGCGCACCUUUAUGUCCAUGUCUUUAUAUUGUUCAGAUUUUCGAUAACACUCCUGCAUCAAAAGAUGGGACUUUGCAAAGUGGUGAUGAGCUCGUAGGUGUGAAUGGACAAACGGUUAAAGGAAAGACUAAGGUUGAAGUAGCUAAAAUGAUUCAAGCGGCCAAGGAACAAGUAACAAUAAACUAUAAUAAAUUACACGCAGACCCCAAACAGGGGAAGUCCCUAGACAUCAUCAUGAAGAAAAUGAAACAUCGCUUUGUUGAGAAUAUGUCGUCGGGGACAGCUGAUGCCUUAGGUUUAUCCAGAGCCAUAUUGUGCAAUGACACUCUUGUUGCUAAGUUAAACGAGAUGAGGGAGACUGAAAACACGUAUAAGCGUUUGGUCGAGUUAGCGAAAAGAAUGUUGAAGUCUUACUUUGAUUUACUGCAAACGUUUAAAUCUCUGGGUGAUAUCUUCGCUGGAAUCGGUGUGAGAGAGCCCCAAGCAAGAGCUUCGGAAGCAUUUUCAAAAUUUGGCCAGUACCACAGACUAUUAGAAAGAGAUGGCAUCAAGAUGCUCAAGACUUUGAAACCGAUACUAGCAGAUAUGGGUACAUACUUACACAAAGCUAUUCCAGACACGAAACUAACUAUAAGGAAGUAUGCAGACACGAAAUUUGAGUACCUAUCCUACUGCUUGAAGGUUAAGGAAAUGGACGAUGAAGAAUAUGGGUAUAACGCCUUACAAGAACCCCUGUACAGAGUAGAGACUGGGAAUUAUGAAUAUAGGUUGAUUCUUCGCUGUCGUCAGGAUGCGAGAACGAGAUUUGCGCGCUUGCGUUCGGAUGUUUUGGUGAAAUUGGAACUUUUGGAGAAUAAAAAGACCCAAGACGUCGCCUAUCAGUUGAAACGGUUUAUACAAGGCUUGGCUGUUUACCACAAUGAAACCGUUGAACAAUUAAAAGAAAAUGCGACUCUAUUUCCGGUUGAAGUAGAUCUUUCACAAAAUGCCUUUCAGUAUAAAUCAACAACACAACUUAUUCAAGACAGCCAAGAAGAUGAUGAAGAAAUAGAAUUCGGAAAAGAAUUAAAAGAAUACCAUGACUUAACCGAUGAUGAAACGAAAAGUAAACCAAUGAAUAGACGGCAAAACAACGACAACAACAGUGACUUGACAGAACAAUUACUUCCAAACUUGGCCGAUUUAAAACUUGGUACAGAUAAUGGCAGAAAUGACAGUGACAGUCUGUCGCUUUUGACAGAACUAGGCUUAGUAGACACGAAUGACGACUUCGGUGAAUUUCAAAAUGGCUCUAACAAUACCGAUGAUGUUUUUGACAAAUUACUGAAUGAUUUAAACAUUCAGUGA